UGGCCAAGCCACGCCUUCCUGUAGUGUGAGCUGAGUGGGCGGGGAGGAGCGAGAGAGAGCAGCCAGUCUGAAAUCCGGCACGCAGGGCUAGCUGGAGGGGCCGACCCAGUUCUUAGGGCUCAGCUCGUACAGCUCAGAGUCCAUUUCUUCUGCUGUCUCAGGGGACUGGCUGUGAGCGCGACGCGGGAUCUUGCAGUGAGCGGAGCAGGGAGUGGAGGCCUGCUGGGCCGGACCGGGCCGGGAUCCAGGUGCACCCAGUCGUGCCUUAUUAUCUGCAAACGACUGAGUCCGGGUUUCCUGCUUUAUUUCCUGUGGAGUGAAGGCAAACUUGGUUCAGUAUUUAAUAUUCACUAAGUCACCAUCUGGGUCCUGAAAACCCAACUCUGCUCUGCAACCCGGGAAGGACAGAAGUUUGCAGAGGAAAAGGAGACUGGGAAGAUUGACUAAGACGCAAUGGCGAGUGGAGCCAAUCAGCAGACACAGUCUCUGACCAAACCUGCUUUCACCGAGGCCCAAGCCUCUGCACUGGUGGAAUCAGUAUUUGGGUUAAAAGUAUCAAAGAUCCAGCCACUUCCGAGCUAUGAUGACCAAAACUUUCAUGUUUACAUCUCAAGAACAAAUAACACUGCAGAUGGCCCUGCCGAGUAUGUCCUCAAAAUAUGCAACACUGAGACCAGCAAAAACCCAGAUCUGAUCGAAGUGCAGAAUUGCAUCAUCAUGUUUCUGAAGGCAGCUGGGUUUCCAACAGCGUGCGUGUGUCGCACUAAAGAGGGCAACACUACCUCGCUGGUAUCCAUAGAUAACGGCUCUGGAACCAAAAGCCACCUGCUGAGGCUGCUGACCUUCCUCCCGGGCAGCCCCGUGGCCCAGACACCCACGAGCCCUCCGCUGUUAUACGAAAUUGGGAGGCUGGCGGCCACGUUGGAUAAGACACUGGAAACUUUCCAUCACCCGAAGUUACGCAGCCUUCAUCGGGACGACUUCAUCUGGAAUCUGAAAAAUGUUCCGCUUCUGGAGAAAUACACGGAUGCCAUGGGCCAGAACCAAAACCGCGAGAUUGUUGAACAGGUGAUUCAGCUGUUCAAGAAGGAAGUAGUGACCAAGCUAAGCCAUUUUCGAGAAUGCAUCAAUCAUGGCGACCUUAAUGACCAUAACAUUCUAGUCCAGCCCAGCAAGUCAGCCCCUGGAGAUGCGGGAUACCAAGUGUCUGGAGUUUUAGACUUUGGUGACAUGAGCUACGGCUACUAUGUUUUUGAAGUAGCGAUCACCAUCAUGUACAUGAUGAUUGAGAGCAGGAGCCCUAUACAAGUUGGAGGCUAUAUCCUGGCAGGGUUCGAAAGUGUUGUCCCGCUGACUGCUGUAGAGAGAAGUGCUUUGUUCCUGCUCGUGUGUAGUCGUUUCUGUCAGUCACUUGUCAUGGCCGCCCACUCUUGCCAACUGUACCCAGAGAACAAAGAGUACCUCAUGAUUACUGCAAAAACCGGCUGGAAGCACUUACAGCAAAUGUUUGACAUGGGCCAGAAAGCGGUCGAGGAGGUCUGGUUUGAAACUGCCAGUUCCUAUGAGGCUGGGAGCUCCAUCUGACUGGGUAAGAGUUCACAUUUACUGGGGUCAUUAUGCCAUGAGGCCAAACCAAAGUUUGUGAGGGUGGCUCUUGCGUAGAGAAACAUGAAUUAAUGGGAUAGAUCCAUUCUUAAUACGGUAGAGCACAUGAAACUCUCAAGCAGUGAUGGCAAACCUAUGGUGCGCAUAUUGUUGUGUUUUACCUUUAAGGCACAAGAUGUAAAUGUAUGAGUUGUUUUCUUCUAAAUGAAAACCUCAGUAUUCAAAUUUAAUUGCAGUCUCAGCACUUUACAAUAAAUAAGGGAGUUUUGGGUUGCAGUUUGGGCAUUAGGCCUCUAAAAAGCUUGCCAUCACUGCUCUUAGGUCUGCAAGCAAUCGCAGGAUCACUUUGUUUUUUUUUUUGAGGCAAGGUCUUACUCUGUAGUUCAGACUGGCCUUAAACUCACUAUGUAACCCAGGAUGGCCUCAAACUCAUAGCAAUCCUCCUGUCUCAGCCUCCUAAGUGGUGAGGUUGGGCAUGAACUACCAUGCCCAGCUUCAGGACCACUUUGAAAUUUAAGAAUUCAGUUCUCCAUGGGGCCAUGUGCCUGGAGGUGUGAAACCCACAAACACUACCUUAUUCUGAAUCAUACCAUUUGUCAAGGUCUAUCCCAGCCUUCCAUCAAGACUUCUUUUAAACUUUGAAAGGAAUAGUCACAUGUAUGUAUAUAAAUAAAGUUACACAUUAUAAAUAAUUGGACAUAAAUGCAGUUCUGGCAAACAUAUCACCUGUUGUAUGAAACUGCUCUCUCUUUUCUGUUUCAUGGCCAUUGCUUUGUGUAAUGCAUUAUGCUUGUGCAGGCAUCUCGCCCAAGAGCUAUGUGAUCAUGGUGGAGACCAUGAAGAACUUGCUUUUGUCCCCUCCCCACUUCUCACACCGAUGGUUGUACCUUUCCCAGAGAAAGGUCUUUGAAUGUAUAUCUUUGCACAAUGAACGCAAAAAGAAAGGCUGGAGAAGACACCCGCUGUGAUGGCUGUGGGGGUAACACAGGUGUAAUUAUGUGAGAAAAAGGUUAGCUCUGAGGAGGUGAUUUCUUUCAAAUCAGAUUAUAUUAGUAUAUUUUAGAUAUACAUAAAGAUCACAUUCAUCAUAGAAAAUUUGUAACUAUACAUGAUAUAACUUGAUUUUCCCCACCCCUACCCUCCCUUUAAUUCUUCCUUCCCCAUUUACAAGCUUUCUUUCCUUGUCUUCCUUCUUUUCUCUUUUAUUUUUUACUUUUUCCUUCUUUCUUUUCCCUCUCUUCCCUUCCUUGAUCUCCUCCCCAUUUGAACAUUUGCUUCCUAUUUCAAAAUGUAUCUUCCUUAAGAUACAUUUUGGUCCUUAUUUGCACUUUGGUAUUUCACACCAGAGAAACAAUGUGAUAGUUACACUUAUCUGAUUUAUUUCAAUUAAGAGUAUGGACUUAGCUGGAUGUGGUGGCUCACACCUGUAAUCCUAGCACUCCAGAGGCUGAGGCAGGAGGAUCAUUGUAAGUUCGAGACCAGCCUGGGCUACAAAGGGAGCUCAAGGCCAGUGUGAGCUGCAUAGCAAGAUCUUGUCUCAAAAAGACAAAAAAAAAAAAAAAAAAGAGUAUGGAAUCAAGGUGCAUCCAUAUUCCUAAGAAUGUCUCAAACUUAUUUAUGGCAGAGUAAUAUUCCAUUGUAUUUAAAAAAAAAAACCACAUCCAUUCGUCAGUUGAUGGGCAUUUGGCCUGUUUCCAAGAUUUGGCUAUUACAAACUGUGCUGCUAUAAACAUGGGUGUGCACGUAUCAUUGGGAUAUGAUGCUUUUCUUUUGGAAAGAUACCCACAAGGGGAAUAGUCCUAGUUUUUUGAGGAAUCUCCAUACUGAUUUCCAUAAUGGUUGCACCAUGUCUAUAUGCCACCAAAAGUAGAGAAGGGGUCCUUUUUCCCCACCAUCCUGCCAGCAUUUUUUAUUGGUUAAUUUCUUGAUACUAGCCAUUCUUUCAGGGGUGAGACAUGAGAAGAUGAUUGAAACUGGAACUUCCAAGGUAGAUGCUAGGAGACAGUAGAGCUGAAAAGCAGCAUAUUAAGACCUCCAGUUAAGAUCAUUAAUUGACUCAGAGCCAGGGCUUCGAGCAGGUUUUUUGAUGCAGUCCACACUCCUAACCACUGCAAAAUAUUAUACAACUGACUUCCUCUGCCUCCCCUCUGGCUUGUCCUCGCUGCAUGCACACACUCUCACACACACACACACACACACACACACACACACACACACACACCACACGGCAGGGGGAACCAGUGAGGUCACGCACUUGAAAUCACUUGCGCUUCUCAAAUUUAACUUGACCAUUAAGAAAACUGCAGGCUAGGAAAACGGACUGAAAUUUUGUUCACUCCCAAAUCACUGUUCAUCCUCCUCUGUAAUGAACUAGAACAGAUUUCCCUCUUGAUUGCUGUGGUGGUUUAGAUCUAAACUGUCUUCCAAACGUCUCUGGCGUGUGGAAGGUGACUGGGUCAUGGGAAUGCUACAGUGGAUUCAGUAAUCAGUUCAGCCUCGGACUGGGUGUCAGCAGGCUGAGCCGGGUUGGAGGUGGUCUCUGGGGCGGGACUAGGAUGGGCGUGUCCUUGUCCUCAGCCCCGCCCUUCUCUCACUGCUUCCUGAAUGCGAGGGAUUAAGUUUUCCUUCAGGAGGUCCUUCCACCAUAUUUGUGUCUUGGAGCCAGCCAACCAGACAAAAACUAUGAGGCAAAGUAAAUCUCUCUUAAGACACGGAUGUGGAAUAUUUUGUCCCAGUGACCGGAAAGUCACUAAUUACUUAUGUUAACAUGGAUUUCUUUAACGAGUUCCUAUUGCUGAUCACUACUUUAAAACCUAUCUUUCUUUCCUUCCUUUUUGGUGGUACUAGGAUUGAACUCAGGACCUUUGCACUGAGCUGUAUUCUCAGCACAUCCCCUCCCUUUUUUGUUUUGAGAUACGUUCUUGCUAAGUUGCCAGGGUGGGCCUGAACUUGUGAUCUUUCUGUCUCUGCCUUCCAGUGUGCUGGGAUUACAAAUAUGUAUCUGGACACUUGGCACUAUUUAAGUACAUGUUACACUAAAAUGAUAUUUUACUGCUUAGAGUUUGUUCUAGCUGAUCUUUAAUCAUCAGUUGCAAUUUCAUAAAUUCUUUGAUGGCUGUGAUGGCUAAUUUUAGGUGUCCAUUUGACUGGAGUAAGGGCUACUAUGAUAGUGGAUAAAGCAUUCAUUUGGGGUGUGCCUGUGAGGAUUCUGAAUCAGGGGACUGAGUAAGGAAGACCCCCUCACCAAUGUGAAUAAGCACAUCCAGUCCAUGAACGAUGAUCUAAUCUUCCUUCUGGUGUUGGGACAGCCACCUUUUUAUGGCCUUGGACAUCAGAACUCCAGGUUCUUGCCCUUUGAACUCCAGGACUUACACCAGCGGCUUCCAGCUAUCAGGUCUUUGACUCAAGCUGAUGGCACGUAGUGGGACUUAUUGCUUCUGUAAUCAUAUGGCAAAUCACCCAAUAAAUUCCCAUAAUAAA